CUCCUAAACACUCAGAAACUGAGCUGAGGUUUGGAUCUGUACCACAUCUACAGUGAAUGCUGAAAACCAGGACCAGGCAGCUCCAUGGAUUCAGCGUCUGGUGAGGACCUUGUGGCAAGAUGUUCUGGGGAAGACACUGACAUCUACCUCCAGUCGAAACAAGAUGAGCUUUCCUCCGUUGAAGCCCUCCGCUGCUGUAAGCCUGGAGCGUGCUGUCUCCGUUGUGUCCACCAGAGGGCACUGUGCCCAUGUUUCUGUGGAGAGAGGAACCGCCCAAACCCACACUUGCUGUCACAGGAGCAGAGCACAGGCUGUGAAUCUGAGUGCUCAUCAACCCAGGGUUGGCUCGUUCAGGCCAGGAGCACAUUGUCACAAAGACUUCAAAGCAGCUCCACCGUUGACGUCUCAGAAGGGGCUUCUUACAGCACAGUUUCACUUGGGGCAGAAACUUCCAAGGACAAGUCUGCAGCCCUUCUGCCUUCCAGCCCUUCAGCCAAUCAGCAUUUGAGCCCUGAGGCACACUACAUCUCCCCGGGGUGUUUGCUGGUCUUAAUCUCUCAUAGCAAUAACUGGCUGGUGUGGACACUCUUCGAUUCCCUGGGAUCUUGCCCCAGUACAGGCUGCCUUAGGAUGGAUGCUUCUCCGAAGGCCCAUUCUGAAACCCAGCUCCUUCACCAGCAUGACCUGCAGUGUGGGUUUUCUUAA